AUGGCGGGGGAAGAGAACGACGACGUCACAUAUACAGUCAAAAUCACAGUCACACUCACAAUUCCUCCACCAGAAACACAACCUACUACUGUGGAUGCUAACGCCGAAACAGUGCCGUCGAAUGGUGAUGAAGUGGCACGAGCUAUGGAUGCUGUUGGUGAAACGGUAUCGUUGAACGACGGCGAAGGUUCAAUUAAUGGCAAUGCCGAUGGCGUAGUAGCAGCUGAAAAAUCCCUUUUUGAUCGAGAAAAACAAGCUACAUUGUUGUUGACGGACGAUGAAGUAGCAGUCGGAGUUACUUCUGCUGCUCCGGCGACGGUUAUGCGCGACAGAAGUAAAAAGAAACGCGGAAGAAAGAGUUUUGCAGAAAUUCAAAAGAUGAAAGAAGAGGCAGCGUUAAGGAAGAUGGUAGAAGAAACUGAUGGUGAUGAUGACGUGACAACCGGAGGCUCUGUUUCCGUUGAAGUUGCCACCGGCGUUAAAAAUCGUUGUAGGAAGAGACAAACGAUUUCUGGUAGUUCUGAAAUUGAUGGUUUUGUUGACGAUCAGGACCGUUCUGAAAUUGAAAUGACUUUAGCUGAUAAACCCAAAUGCAUUGAAUCUCAGGUGCCAAAGUUCAACCGGAGAAAUUCUAAGGGGAUUGAAGAGGAGUCAUCAAUGUGCCAUCAAUGUAAGAGAAAUGAUAAGGGCAGGGUUGUCAGAUGCACAAAAUGCAACCGGAGAAGAUUUUGCAUACCUUGUUUAACUAAAUGGUAUCCUAAAUUGAAAGAGAGUGAUGUUGCCGAGGCGUGCCCUGUAUGUAGUGAUAUAUGCAAUUGCAUAGCAUGCUUGCGAUCUUCUAAACUCAUCAAUGAAAUGAAGCAUAGGGACAAGGAUGAGGAGGUUGAGUUUACUAAGUAUAUGCUGAAAGGACUUCUUCCAUAUUUAACGCAGUUGGAUGAAGAACAGAUGAUUGAGAAGGCAAAAGAAGCCAAGAGACAAGGGCUCUCAUUCUCAAAUAUAAAAAUAAAAGCGGCAGAUUAUUCUAAAGAUGAGCGUUUGUACUGUGACAACUGCAAAACGUCGAUAUUUGACUACCACAGGAGUUGUACAAGAUGUUCUUUUCACAUUUGCCUCAUGUGUUGCCACGAGCUUCGUAGUGGGCAACUUAUAGGUGGUGCAGAUCAAAUUGAGCUCGAGUAUAUAUUUCGAGGUCACAAUUAUCGACAUGGUGGAACUGCGGAGGUUAGAAGAAAUGCAUCACAGGCGGAGGAUGAGUCUACGACUCGUGAGUGGUCAAGAUCUGGGUGGCAUGCAAAUGGAGAUGGUAGCAUUCCCUGUCCAAAAACCAAUAAUGAAUGUGAUCAUGGUUUCCUUGAAUUGAGAAGGAUACUUUCUCCAAAUUGCAUCUCUGAGUUAGUAUGCAAAGCAGAAGAACUUGCAGAAACAUUUAAGCUUCAAGAUGCAAAGGAGACUGUUGAUAAUGGAUGCUCCUGCUUGAAGCCUGUUAGGAACGCCGAUGAUAUAAACAAUAACACAAGGAAGGCAGCUUUUCGUCAAGAUUCGAGUGACAAUUUUUUAUACUGUCCUAGAGCUGUAGAUCUACAUAAUGAAGAUUUAAGACAUUUUCAGUGCCAUUGGAGCAAAGGGGAGCCUAUAAUUGUCCGCAAUGUACUUGAAUGCACAUCUGGUUUAAGCUGGGAACCACUUGUGAUGCGGCGUGCAUUCUGUCAGAGAGGCACUACCAAGCACAAAUCACCUUUGGAUGUGAAGGCAAUUGAUUGCUCAGAUUGGUCUGAGUUUCUCGAUGUUUUGCCAACUUGGGUUAUGAAGAGAUGCAAGUACAAGGGAGAUAUUAAUAUCCACCAAUUCUUUACUGGGUACACAAAUGGUCGCUUGGAUCGGCAUGGUUGGCCUCAGGUUUUGAAAUUGAAAGAUUGGCCUCCUUCUAAAUUUUUUGAAGAAAGUUUGCCUCGUCAUCUUGCCGAGUUCAUAUCUUCCUUGCCGUUUAAAGAAUAUACAAAUCCUUUCAAAGGUGUUCUUAACCUUGCUGUGAAGUUGCCUGAUGGUGUUCUAAAGCCAGACAUGGGCCCAAAAACAUAUAUUGCUUAUGGAUUUGAUCAAGAGCUUGGGCGGGGUGAUUCUGUGACUAAGCUCCAUUGUGAUAUGUCGGAUGCAGUAAAUGUGUUGACUCAUAUUGCAAAAGUGGAAUUGGACUCUGAUAGCAUUGAAGCCAUUAAGAAACUGACACAAAAGCACCUCAAGCGAGACAAGAGGGAGCUACAUCUACAUGGUGAUAAUCAAGAUGGAGAGACUAAUGUUGGCGUGCUUGAUAAUUCAUUGUCUUGCGGGGAUUCUUUAGAUGGUGCUCUCUGGGACAUAUUUCGGAGAGAGGAUGUACCCAAAUUGGAGGAAUAUUUGAAGAAGCAUUUCAGAGAGUUCAGGCAUGUCCAUUACUCUCCUUUAAAGCAGGUUAUUCACCCCGUCCAUGAUCAGACCUUUUAUCUGACUCCGGAGCAUAAGAGGAAACUUAAGGAGGAGUAUGGAAUUGAGUCGUGGACGUUUAUUCAGAAGCUCGGAGAUGCUGUUUUCAUUCCUGCCGGUUGUCCUCACCAAGUCAGGAAUCUGAAGUCAUGCAUCAAAGUCGGGUUUGAUUUUGUCUCACCUGAAAACGUUGGUGAGUGUUUUCGCUUGACGGAGGAAUUCCGUAAGCUUCCGAUAAACCACAGGUCCGCCAAGGACAAGUUGGAGGUGAAGAAAAUGACUAUAUAUGCUAUGCUUGAUGUGGUUAAAAAAUUGGAGGAAGCAAGGUCUGGAGAAACAAAGGAUCCAGUGUAAAUAUAUCUGAGAAAUCCAAUUGGGAAUGUACAAUUUCUUGAGUCACUUGAUUAGGUUUGAUAAUCUACAGUUCUUUGUACUGCAACUGUAGGAAAGGUUCCAUAUUGUGUUUUAUCUGUCUCACCUUGAUUAGGUACAUUUGAAACAUUAUUUACCAACUUGUUUUGUAAUGUUGUACAUUUUUUUCUUCUGGUAUUAACCUUCUGGUUUCCAGGGGAAUGAGGCUCUGAUAAUCCAGAGUUCGGCCGCGAGACUAGUAAAUUAAAGUCUGGCCAAGUGUAAUGUUGUAAAUUUAAGUGUCA